AUGAUCGGUGCCGUGGUCGGUGACAUGAUCAGUGGCGUGAUUGGUGACAUGAUCAGUGAUGUGAACGGCGACAUGAUCGGUGACGUGAUCGGUGACGUGAGCGGUGGCGUUAUCGGUGGUGUGAUCAGUGACGUGAUCGGUGGCGUGAUCAGUGGCGUGAUCGGUGGUGUGAGCAGUGGUGUGAUCGGUGGCGUGAUCGGUGACAUGAUCGGUGGCAUGAUCAGUGGCAUGAGCAGUGACGUGAUCGGUGGCAUGAGCGGUGACAUGAUCGGUGCCAUAAUCGGUGACGUGAUCAGUGGCGUGAGCGGUGACGUGAUCGGUGACAUGAUCGGUGAUGUGAUCGGUGGCGUGAGCAGUGGUGUGAUCGGUGACAUGAUCGGUGUCGUGAUCGGUGGCGUGAGAGGUGGUGUGAUUGGUGGCGUGAUCAGUGGCGUGAUCAGUGACAUGAUCGGUGGCGUGAUCAGUGGCAUGAUCGGUGACAUGAUCGGUGGCGUGAUCGGUGGUGUGAGCGGUGGCGUGAUCGGUGACAUGAUCGGUGGCGUGAUCGGUGACAUGAUCGGUGGCGUGAGCGGUGACGUGAUCGGUGACAUGAUCAGUGGCAUGAUCGGUGGCAUUAUUGGUGGCGUGAGCGGUGGCGUGAUCGGUGAUGUGAGUGGUGGCAUGAUCGGUGGCGUGAUGGGUGGUGUGAUUGGUGGCGUGAGCGGUGGAGUGAUUGGUGGCGUGAGCGGUGAAGUGAUUGGUGGCGUGAUCGGUGGCGUGAGUGGUGAUGUGAUUGGUGGCGUGAUCGGUGGGGUGAUUGGUGGCGUGAGCAGUGGUAUGAUUGGUGAUGUGAAAAUAUUGUGA